CUGCCACUGUGGAGACAGUCACUGCAUUACAAGGGAAGAAAAGAACCAGCUCUACACCGGCACUUCAGAUUCAAAUUCCAGACUGCAUCUCCUUUCAUCAAGUGGAUUUGGAUAAGAGGAGUACUCACACAACUCCAGUCAGAGGCUAAAAUAUAUUACUGAACAGGUGGUAACAGGAGGAGAGGCUGUGUAACACAGAGAAGAGAAAGGAAGGGAGAGGAGCGUGUGAGGCAGCUCUCUGCUUGCGGAAAAACCUUCUAGCCACAACUCUACUGAACCAUGGCUCUCUCUGCCCCAGCCGGGACUCUUCUUUUGCUGUUCUCUCUCUCCUCUCUUCUAUAUGGCUGUUCCCUCACUUCCACCACGGAGGAGUGCACCGGCAUCCGGCUGCGCGCCUUUACGCUGAUGUCCAAGUGUAACUUCACCACCCUGAACGACAAGCAGAUCAAGGAGGUGCAGGCUUCCACCACUGUGCUCUACGUACCCAUCCUCUACAUAAUUGCCUUCACUCUGGGCCUCCCGGCUAACCUCCUGGCCCUGUGGGUCCUUCUGUUCCGUACCAAGAAGCUGCCCUCCACCAUCCUCCUCAUCAACCUCACCGCCACCGACCUCAUGAUACUGAUGGUGCUCCCUUUCCGCAUCGUCUACCACUUACAGGGCAACGACUGGGCCUUCGGUGAGCCAUUCUGCCGCGUGGUCACGGCGCUCUUCUACGGCAACAUGUACGGCUCGGUGCUGUGUCUGGCAUUCAUCGCUGUGGACCGCUAUGUGGCUUUGGUGCACCCGUUCGGUGCCAAGACCCUCCGCAGCCGCCGCACCUCUUUCUACAUGAGCCUGUGCGUGUGGGUGGCGGCGUUGGCUGCCAUGCUGCCUCUCCUCGUCUCACGCCAGUCCUACACACUGGAUGAGCCGCGCAUCACCACCUGCCACGACGCGCUGCCAAAGGAGGUGCACGAGAACUACUUCCUGCCCUACUUCCUCACACUCUUUUUUCUCGGCUUCCUGCUCCCCUUUCUGGUCAUCCUCUACUGCUACGUCUCUGUGAUAUGCACCCUGUUGGCAGGAGGCCAGCGCUACGCCCACGCCAUGUGCGUCACCAUGCUGGUCCUGGUGGUGUUCGUGGGCUGCCUGCUGCCCAGCAACGUCCUCCUCCUCCUGCACUACUCAGACUCCUAUCUGGUGGACAAUGGGGAGGACCUGUAUGUGCCCUACAUGGUUAGCCUAGCCGUUAGCACGUUGAAUAGCUGCAUCGACCCCUUCAUCUUCUACUACAUCUCCGAUGACUUCAGGGACAAGGUCAUGAUGGUGAUGUGUUGCCGUGGUAACAAUGGAAGAGACUCGUCCACGGGGAAUCAGGUGCCCUAUUCGUCCUCCUCACAGGGUACGCAAAGGUCAAAGGUCACCCUGCUGUCCAUGUCUAGUCAGAGGCCGGGGACGUCAGAGGGGGAGGCAGCAUGAGGCCAAUAGGCAAUAGAGGCCUAGACGUAUAGACACCUAGACCAGUUUUUGUCAUGACAGAAGUAAAGGGCACUGGAGAUAGGUGUGGGGGCUAGAGGGUCUGGGCAGGUGUGAUAUAGUUAUGUUUGUAUUUGUAUGUUUUGUAUUGUUUAGGAGAAGAUCCUACUAUAGAUCCUUUACUGACAAGACUAUCUCAGAGUACAGAAUCAGCAGUACUUUAUUACAGCUAUGUGGUAAUUGUCUGCGGAAUAUAAACUGCAUAGCUUGUAGCUGUGAGGUCACUAACAGAAUUUCACGUAACUGAUGCCACCAUUUGUUUCUCGUUAGACUUUUUGGCCAAAUUCAGGCUUGUCCAUGUGAAAAUGGGCAGGCGUCUGGAAUGCAUUCUGUUUAUACCAGGUGUGACUGACUGCUUAUGUCUGUAACCAAUUCAAGUUUUGGAUAUUUCCUUCAUGAAUUAUAGAUCGUAGAGUAUGUUUUCAUGAUAAAGUAUUUAGUUACUAAAACAUCAUGAUGUGGCUUUGUCAGAAUGUGUACCGUUAAUUUAGUAAUAAAAAAUGUACAACACCCA